CUGGAGGGAGGGAAAGUACGAAUACUGCGUCGGGAACUGCACCGUGAAUUCGGAACGAUAAAUUUGAUCAACACCGGUCGGGAGGGGGUGUAAACGGUUACACAGAAGCUUGACCGACAGAUCAAUUCGCCUGACACUUCCGUUUAACGAUCUUCGACCCCGGCGAGCUGCCGUUGUCGCCUCGAUGAUUCAUAAAUCGAUCAAAGUACCUCGAUCAGCUCGCAAUCCACUCUCCACCAGCGAUUCACGCUAGAAACUAAUUAAACAAUCGUUGAAAACAAACACCAAUCAAGUUCGAUCGAGACUACCGCGAAACUUGCAAGUGUCAUCGAUCAAGCCGAACAAGAUCGCAAGUUAUAAAGCCAGGACAACAAAAGAAUCCCGUUGUUUCAUCCGGACCAUGUGAUCGUAGCGAAGAAGCUUGCACGUCGAGAGAAAGAGAACGACGAGGGAAAACAGAUCGAAAGGCGAGAGGGAGCGAGACAGGUCUCGACGCAGAGUUCAGUGGUGAGAGAACGACAGGGACAGAGAGAGAGAGAGAGAAAGCGAGAGAGAAAGAGAGAAAGAGAGCGAGAGAGAGAGAGAGAGAGAGAGUGUGUGUUCCGCGGGUGCGUAGCCGGCGAGCCGAUUAGAGGAGGUAAAACGGGAGCGGUGAAGGGUUGGAGGAAGAGAAAAAGCUUCGAGCAUCGAUCUCUCGUCCCCGGUGCAGCUACCAUGACGCGGCUGGUCGGAUACGUCGAAUCGUGUGCACCGUGGGAUCGGCGUGCCGCCGCGUGGCCCUGGAGAUGCGAUCGGCCGUGCUAUAGUUAGUCAGGGGUGGCUGCAGCGGCGGCGGCGGCGGCGGCGGCCGAGACGGCAGUGAAACGAACGGCUGCAGGUCCAGGCGAGGACGACGCGAUGACGACCGAGAGGACAAGGACAACGUCGCCGGGGACGACGAUGACGCCACGCGCGACCAAAUUACAAACGCUGGGGUCUUCCCGACGGAAUGCAGGAGGCCGAUCGAACGGCUCCCGGCUCGCCCACCUCAGAUGGACUGCUGCAACUACGUCGAGGCGUACGCGGCGGGGGGCCACUUUUAUCAGCAGCAGCACUACUUUUGCUACGAUAACGCGAACCCGGUUUACGGCGGCUACGAGCCGCCGCCGAUCGCGGCCGCGAUCGAGAGUAACCCGCGCUACAACGGACCGAUGCCGACUGGGUACACCGCAGAUUACGUGUACAAUCCAAAGGAGGCCAGGCUGCGUAAGGCGAUGCGUGAGCAGACUCGCGAGCUGUCCCGACGAUCGAUCCUCCAAAGUGCGAUCGCCAGGGCGGGCGUGAUCGCCGGGCCCGUCGCGUCUUCCGGUUUCCUGGAGCACCAGCACCGUUUCGGUUGCGUGUCGAGUUCCGGUCUGCCGAUCAACCCACCGCCAGUGGAGUCGGAGAACAGGGUAGCCGAGCCGUGGUUCCAAUCUGCGCCGCGUCCCAAGCCGAUCCACUCGCCGCGGAUGGCCGAUUGGUACAGCGGAGUCGGCGGAGAGCCGAUCGACAGGCUGCAGGUGCUCAAGUGCAAGGAGCCGAUCAGAUCGCAGGCCAACGUGGCAGCCGGUGGGCCGGAAUGUGGACCUGGCUUCCCUGCCGCUGGCUACCCGGUCGAUUUCGCCGAUGUCAACCGGGAAAGGGAGCUACGCCGGCAAGAGAACAUCACCGAGUACGGUGAAUUCAACGACGGCCAGAAAUGGCACCCUUAUCAAAAUGGCGGAGGUUCUCAUCAGCAUGCCAGAUCGUCGCACCCUCCCCAAAUGAGUGGGAUCCUUCAUCCAAACGUUCAGAGUCCGAGUUCACAUGGACACGGACCAUGGGGCCAAUUUUGUCACGGCGUAUUGCCGCACGUACCGACCAUGCCUCGAAACAUAGGAGUUCGUGGACCACGACACACCGUUCUGCUGCGGGACCGUCUAACCGGCAGACAUUGCGGAUUCACCGAGGAAACGGCGCGGUUGCCAUACGCUGCGAAUAAACUCGACGUGGAGAACAUGCGAGCGUCAUAUUCGUCUCCCGACCACCAGAUGCCGAGAUUACUGGAAUCAUCAGUCGACGGUAUCGUUGAUUCUACGUCCACGUCGAGGACUCGACGGGAAGACGAGGGACCUAGGUGGGAACCGAACGCCAUCAACAAUGGAAUCUCUAUGGAUAACAUAACGCCGACCACGGAUCCGAACGUGCCCCGCGAGAAGGAGCCGCGCCGAUCGGCGGAGAGGUUCGAGCCGAAGAAGAGGACCGUCAGCAAGCAGCCGUUGCCCGGAUUCCACCAGGCGUUCGGCUCGACGGAAAUCGGCCGAUUCUCCAGGUCGGAGUUCUUCGCGAGCAUGGUGGGCGGCGAGAGUAGCAGCGGCGGCGUGGAGGUGCCGGACACUGAAGGCUCCGACGUAAGUACUACCACAGACCGCAUGGCGGACGGUGCCGGAGCAACGUCGCACGACACUGCACCGGUCACCACGACCGCGACGACCACCGUCAGGAGCUUCAACGCCGAAGAGAACGAGGAAGCGGACUUCGACGAGUCCAGCAACGACCUCGUCGCGUCGACGCCCAUCGGCAUCUACUGCGGACAACCGGCUGCCCCGCGUUGGCACAGUCCUCACGUGGGCGCUAUAGGUAGCGAAAUUUAAGCGGAACUUUAACACGUCGACUACCGACAGCAAAUUUGACAGCCUCCUCUGUACCCUGAGUUAUUUGUAUAAACGCACUUGGUUAGACUUUUUCUUGACGAGAGUCUUCAACUGGGAACUUUGAGUGAUGUUUCACAAUUUAUUAUUUAUUUUGAGUGAUAUGUUUCAAGAGAAUGUAUGGUUAAUGGAAUUAGAGCAGUGUUUAGCAAAUCAUUGGCGAUUUUGGAAUAGAAAUAUGUUGACGUGGUACGUUUUUCUAAGAGGCUAAGUGUAAUGUGGUAAUUGUUUGUUUGUUGUUAUGACUUGUAUAGUCUUGGGGUACAGGGCUGAUAUGUGGACUGGUUGAGCAACUAGUCCUCGGUAGUCAACGUGUUGACCCUUUCGUGGGCUCUAGCGUUUUUCCCGAUUGAGAUUCGAGGAAUUGUUCAGAAUCACUCGUUCCUAAAUUCUUCUUUCGCAAUUAUUGGAAAAGUAGAUCUUCUCUGAGACAUUUUUGAAGAGAUUAUUUUAGGAAAAGGUGUACUAAAUUGUAGAGAUACUCGGGGCUUCUAUAGAACAAUUUUGAAAAGUCAACUUGACUGCUGGUUCUAGUGUUAAAAUUUGUUUGGAAUUAAACGAAACCUAGUGGAUGAUUGUAAUAAUUGUGUUUGGAAUGCCUUGUCAUUUUUCAAGGAAGCUUCAGGAUAUAUGUAUGCAUCUCAUCUUGUUAAAGUAUUGUAUUGCGAUUUUGUUCUCAUUGAGACCGUGGAAGUUUUAUUGUUCAUGGUUCGUUUGGUACGACAAAAUCGUUAAUGUAGAGAAUGUUGCUCGUUUGAAAUGAACAGGGAAUCGAUGAAUUUGAUUUCGGGAAACGCUGGCCUACGAAACAACUCGAAACAACUAUAAUGUUGCGUCCAAGUGUGUAAAGUAUCUCCAGGCGACAGCGGCGGGGAAAUGGAGUAGCAUAAGUGACAAUUGAGCGGAGGAAGAUCACUGUACACUUGUUUAAUGUACAUUCACAAGCAUACGCUCGGAUACUUUAUCGUGAAACAAUCGAAUGUGUCACGCAUUGACUCAUAAAUUUGUUCACAUGCUGUCGCGUUUGCUUGCUCGGAUAUUAUACAAUACAUAGUUCGUUUCUCAUGUUAGAAUUAAGCGAUGUAAACGACAGAUGUACACUACAAGCGAAAGAGUAACCGCGGAUACGAGUGAUUGUGCCGAAACGUUUGUUAUCAUUAAACUGCGAGUGUUUAUGCAUACAUAGAUAUUCCUGAAUUAAUUCACCUGAAUUGAUAACCUUUUCUCAAUUCGUUUCAAUUACUUAAAUCGCAUUCGAAAGAAUUAGUUCCAGAAUUUAUCAACCCUUCGCACUCGAAAGUUCUCUAGGAAUAUUCAAGCUCUGAUAAGACCUAGACGACAUUCUUCGAAACUAACGAGGAAACAUUGAUGCAUACAAAUCGUAAUAGUAACAUAUUCAAAACGUUUAAAAAUGUGUUCAAACAGUUUACAAUUGAUAUAUCGAGUCAACUAACUGAGAGUCACCUUUCGAGUGCAAACGGUUGAACAGUGAAACAAUCCAGCAGCCUCUAACGCGUAAGAUUCGCAAUCUAUGUAGUCUAUUAUCGUUUCAAUGUAUGCGGAGAAAUUUGUGAGACACUGUGAGAAGCGGAUCCAUUUUGUAUCGUUGCUGAUAGUACUUUCCACGCGAGUUUUCCGAAUUCCAAUGAUUGUUUGGGUAGCACGAGUCGAGUCUUCUUCCAGUUUACGUACGAUCCGGUCACGCGUGAGUUCACGGGUCAACGUGCGGUCGUUUCGCACGCGUUUCGGUUCCCAGCGAUGCUAGAAAAUUCAAACGGCCCGCGAAAGGGAUUAGCGAUUCGACGGGGACGUAGAAUCUCGCGUCCACUUUUAUUUAGGAUUAAAUUCGCUGUCUCCGUGACGCGCGAGCGUGUCGGCGAUGGCUUGUACAAGCUGGACGCGCUGUUUUCGGUAGAAAUAUUAUAUUAGACGACGUUUCGUGGCGAAUUUUCGUGGAUGUUUCCGUUGCUGGUAACGCCUAACGUGUUCCACUUGUACAAGAAUCGAGCGACGAGCCUCGCGCGACACGGAGAAACAAAAUGGCGUACGAAACGUGUCGGAGACACCAUGUUCGUCGAGAUAUUGUGCCUUCCAGGCGACCGUGGCAGUGUCGAGGGUAUCCAGCGGUCGGGUGAAACACAGAAAUCAAAAACAGCACGAUAUUCGAGCGUCUCGUACGCCAGAAGCUGGGCCAAGCAACCCGCGGCGAGCAACGAGGAUCGUGGAGAACGUUUCGGUUCACAUUGAACGAUUGCAACGCUCGUCGGGACCGAUUAGGUUCAGAUUAUGAACAGGUAGAAUAGAAUCCAUCCUGAGAAACGAAGAUUUUAGCAUGCCAGACGUAGCAACAACGAGCGUAUCGCGUUGCUUUGUUAUUUGUCAUUCGAUUUUAUAAUUUAACACUUGCGGAGGAAUGAACUUUGAGAUCGAACUUCUAUGUUUGGGAUACUAAGUUGUAGAUAGAUGGUUUCAAAGAUGAUGAAUUCUGAUUUUCGAUUUCAUGGGAGCUCUGAGAAUUUUCAGGACACUAAAAUCCUUGAAGCUUUCAGCGCGUCUGCAUGAUUCAUUUGAAUCACGAUGAAUUCGAUCUGGAAGACCGGAAGUACGUGUAAUUCGAAGGGUGCACCGCGAGUUGCUUGGCCCCACUGAAAAGUAUAAUCAAAAUGUGUCGAUGAAAGGAUUCGGUCGACACCUUCCAUCAAGUUGUUAGGUAUCGUCGACGAUACACGAAGUUAGUGUACGGACGAUAGAUUAUAAAAAUAUAAAGAGUAUUGUACUUAUAAUAACGGAGGAACGAAAUCGCGCGACGAAGUACAUAAAAUUAUCUAGUAGAAUUUUAGGCGACACGUAUUGCCGCGCGGAGAAACGUAUAAAUAAAAGUGAAAUAAACAAAUAAAUAAAUAAAUAAAUAAAUAAAUAUUCCGCAAGCAGGAAUUCGAGGGGCCGAGAAUACCCUUUCAAGACUUUAUCAAAGGGAUUACACGGUACUUUGUAUUCAGAACUCGCUCGCCUAAGGAAACAUUAAUCACUGUAAUUAUAAAAACAAAGAAGAAACGAGGAUAUCGCGAUCUUAGUACUAUCAAUGCACGCAGCUAACGAUCGGAAUCAAACAAACUCACAAGCUAAGAUCAUAGAUGAUAAGAGUGUAUAGCCAACCGAAAUUUUUUAUAUAACCAUUUUAACGUGUAUACCUAUCAAAUUUAUAGAGACUUUGGAACAUUUUCGAAUCACUUAUAGACAAAUCAUGUUUUCAACAUCUGGAUUGAAUUUUUUCUCGAAGAUUAUUCUUACAAUCAUCGGAAUUACUUUAUAAUCAUUUAUGAGAACAGAAGGGACUCGAGAUUUAAUAAUGCAUACUUGGCCAGACUUUAUCUCAACAAUAACCGCAAUUAGACGAUUGUUUUAAUUCUGUAACAUUUCAAUUUCACGGUCUUCACUUUCAUUUAUAAUUUAAUUUCAAACAUACAUUUAUAUACAUUAAAAAUACUUAAAGAUUUUUAAUCUUUACUGGUAGAUGCAGUUGAUAAUAUAUUCAAUUAAAUCAAAUCUUCCUCAAAUUAUUUUAACUCUUUAAAUUCUAGAAAAUAAUGAUUUCAAUAGCUUCAGCCGACGACUUUGAAUUCUUAAGAAAUACUCGGCGUAAAAUACAUAGAAUUUUCUUUUCAUUAUUAUAUUCUUAAUUUUUCCUUUCCACAUUAAAGAAUUUCUUGCUGCAAUUUGGCCAGGUGUGAAAUAAUAUAAAACGAUAACGAGUAAAACGAUUUUUCCCUGUACAAGGCGAGGCGUUCCACUUAUAGAGGUCGCGAUAUUAUAUUGCACAAUCUAAUUGUAGUUAGGAACUUCCAUUCCAUUCGAUUUCGAUUACGUUGAAACUUCAUUACUCGAGCGUUUCUUUUCGUUGAAAGAAGAAGGUAGCUUAAAACGGAGACUCGAACUUGAAACACCGGAGACUGUUCGCGUGAAUCUACUGCACGGAAUUCAGGGGAGAGAAAGUUUCGUAAUCGAAACGUUCGGAUUCGAAGAGGUAAAAAGCGAGUUUUUUACGAGAUACUUUUUGACCGAGUUCUGAAUCCCCGUGUCGGCGUUCGCGAGCCGCGUUGAUCGAUCGAUCGGUACAUCGACUUGACAGAAUUAAUGCCGGCUACCCUGUACCUAUCAUGGGACCAAAUCAAAAGCGAAGCUUUUAUUUCACGUUCACCGUCGCGCUUGCGUACCACGUAUUGUCGCGCCGUUAAGGAAACCAUUCCCUCGUUCUGUUCGUUCGGAAUCAGAGGCGAGGAUCCACACUGAACAUCGUAAUGUUCCUCUUGAAUCGUUCUGUUAACCCCUUAACGCCGAUUCUAUAGAAAUUUCGAUGUAACUGUUCGUUUGUCAUUUCUCUUUCUAUCUUGUUCAGUCAAUGUAAACAUCGUUUUUUGAUUAGAAAACUGAUUACGUUGUGAACAAAAAUACACUCGAGGAAAGAGUUGAGCAAAGAAUCUUGGGGAACUCCGCGUUACAGCGUUGAUCGUGAAAGAUGGUAGUUAAGAGGUUGAAAUCGGUUGGAAAUAAUUGUAUCGGUUCUGGCUCUUGGAACCAUUAUGGAGAACCGAGAUAGAGUUAUAAGUAGGGAUUGUGAAGGUUCUAGAAGAUCGGAACUUUGUGAGUCGCUCAGAAGCUAAUGUAGUGAAGUCUAGAAAAUUGAGAAUAUCGUUUUGGCUUCUGGAAUUAUUGUGUAAUGUAUUCAGAAGCUAUAAGAAGAAUGAUUCUUGUGAAUCCAAGUGAAAUCUUGGAUAAUUAGAAAAAAUAUUAUUUAUUUCGUUAAAAUUGAUGAAAAUCGCAUUGGCUUCUGAGAGAUUUGUACGAUAGUUUCAAACGGUUAUUUCUGGAAGCUUUUCAAUCCUGAUUUUCGCUGAAGAUGCACAGACGAAGCUCGCGCAGUCGCCAGUUCGCACUUUUCUCGGGAACGAUAAUCGCAAGGUGACCAAACGCCGUGUACUGACAUAAGAAAUUCAUAAUAUAUUCCGGAGGUAACGCGUUAUUUAACUCUUACGUCAACAACCGGGUUGACUUGUGUUCGGAUGAGAUUACAUUGAUUUACAUUUCUUCCUUUCAAAUCAACUUUUAUAAUGUUGUUUCAACACCUGCGGCCAUUAGUCGCGUUUAACAUUCAACAAUCUCAAUAAGUGAAUUCUGUGAAUUCUAUGAAGAUCAUUUGAUUACAAUUUGUUACAUUAGUCAUUUACUGACGAUCGUUUCUUGUUGUUAAAAAUGUUCUCGUUCGUUACAUUUGAUUCUCCUUUGAAUUGCAUAGAAAAUAUAGACACUACAGAAUGAAUGAUCGUUGAAUUGUGAAAAAUUUUGGUUACCGGCGUAGGAGUUAAAAUUCCGUAUGCAAUAACAUAUACGGCGAUAUCAUAGUAAAAAUUGAACAAUAAAUAUGGCGGUUCAACCGACGAUCCAUCCGUCGCGGGACGCGUUAAACGAUGAAUCACGGAGUCAUGAGGAACAUCACGCUGUUCGGCGUGACGUAACGUUCUGUCGGGCAGACAGCUUGAACACUGUUCAAUUUAAGAAGAGUAAAACGUUGAAGUUUAUAAUUAUUAUUGUCCGUAGGCAACACCUUCGACGGGUGCGCGUUCGUUUUCUUCUUAUCGGACGAGCGAACACGUCCGGGAAACACGAGAAUGAUGUAUAAUGCUGUGAUUUGUUUUAAAAAAGAAAACGACAAAAAAAAUGGGAAACUCGAACGACGUAGUUAUAGAGGAACGAUUAUUAUUGUAAACGCGUCUGGCUGAUGACGAGUUGUGAUAGAAACCGCGCAAGGACAUUUUAACGAUGCACGCGUAGAACCGUUUGUGAUUGAACGAUCGACCGUCAGUUGUCUUCGCUUUUCGCAUCGUGAACGACGAACAUUUAACAUAAAACAGAACUUUCAACAUUUCUGAUCUAAUUGCUGAGUUCUUCCAUCAACUUUGAUUCUAAUUCGCUGUUCGUCAACCGAUCGAAGCUAUAAACGAAGCUUAUAGAAAGAGACUCAUAACUAGCUUAACCCUAAAACUACCGAUCAAUUGGAAUAAUUGAUCUCCAAUUUUUUAUGAAGACCAGAACAAUACGUUUCUUGCGAUUCGAAGGAUCUAGUCUUGUAUCGGAUACAAAGAUUUCAUUUAAAAUCUGUCGCAGACGCCUUUGUAAUUUGAAUACUUGCGAAGAAUUCUGAGAGUCAAAUUUGACUCGUCUACAUUAGUGUUAAGUCGUGAAUGAACACAUUGAGAAUAUUUAGAAAUCCGAGUUACAAAAAUUCAAACGGAAACAAGGAUCGUCGUGUAACAGUGUCAAAUCGCUAUAAACACGUUCUACGAUCGAAAAGCGAAAGCAAACGCAUAGCAACGAACAUUUCAUCGUUAGAGACACAUCGCGCCACGCGAAGAAAGGAACCUCGUCCCCCGAAAUUCGAUUCCUACGACGAGUACACUGGUAUAACGCGUUGAUUACUUGGAAAUUUUAACUAAUUUUGUUACGUUCAUCGAUCUAUCUUGUUGGCGGCGGAGACUGUGUAAUAUAAUAGAUGAAACGAGCAGGACGUCUCGCGGUUGUCGACACUGAACCUACCAGACGGCUGGUAAUCGCCGAUUUCUUUUUGUACGGUUAUUCGAAGGGUGAUCGAACGCUUCUCUGGCAAGUUGCCGAGGAAAUCGGUUCGGUAACGCGCGGACUGAACGAUUCGAAGUUUCAAUAGAUCCGUUCGUCGAGUUUCCGGGAGGAAAUGAAAUAACGUCGAUUCGGCUGUUCGGUAGAGUUUCAGUGUUAACGACGCGACGACGGGAGAACCCGGCGUCUCAUCAUCGGCAACGACGUUUUCGAGAUUAUGCGAUUGUGAUAAGAUCGUCGGUUAACGCGUUCACUGCUAAGAACGUCAGCGUCUCACUUGUAUCGCGCUAUUCUUUCUAUACCGACGAUGAAAAUUAUUAAUUAGUAUCGCGAUUACGUUAUUAUCUUGUUAUCGGAUUGGCGCAAAAAUGACGUUUCUCGGUUGAUAAACGAAUUGUUUUCCAUUAGAACAUGCGUAUAAAGGACAUUUCUUCCUUCGUUUUCGUUUAGCUAGCGAACGGUUGACUUCUUCCUUAUUUCUUAUGACAAGAAAACGUUGAAUCUUUCGCAUCGACUCAAUAUUUACGCAAUUGGAUGAUUCAUCGGUUAUUCUACAGGUUGCAAUUAACCCUUUGAGGGUUGAAAGAGUAAUAAAUCAGCACGCAGUUUCCUUGGUUUCUAUUAAUUAAGCGUAUAAUUUAGCUUCAUCUGUUGACGGUUUCGUAUAUUUCAAAGGAUCUUCGUCCGCAAAGGGCUAGUGGUUUCUCGUAAUUUGGCAGUAAACGCGUUAGGGAACGGAGAAACGACGCCGAGUGGUACACCUAUGCGUAUAUUAAACACGUAAACGACUUUCUGUCUAAUUAUUAGCGACUUAUUAACCCUAAUCGGUAGAUAAAGUGCGCGCCCGCGCGGCCGCGCUGAAGAACCGGAGGAGCGACACGGUAGACGCGUUUUCGGGAUGACGAGACGGUGUAUCGUAUCAUUCGUCCACGGCUCGAUGACUGUGUCGAGAAGCGAGUCUAAUCGGUUAACUUUUAUUUCAUCUUCGGUUCCAAUUUGUCGUUCGUCGAUACAGUUACACGUAACUAAGCCGAAACUGUUAGGUCUGAUGGAAAGUUCUGUUCGAUGUCGUCGAAAGUUUACAAAGAUGAGUCGCUCUACAGAAAUUAGUCGUUAGUAACUAUGGAAAUUCUAUUGUUCGGCAAAUGUUAACCCUAUAGUAAUUAAUGAUUUAUAUCAACUAUAAUCGAUACAACUAUGUACUCUGCCAUUAACGAUUUUGUCAAGAAAUCGACAAAUUUUGAGCACAUUCUAUACCAACGUUUGCUCUAAAGUAUGAUUGGUAACAGAAGAAUAAUGCUUAAUUUGAAUUCAAAGGAAUCGAGUGACAUCGAUUGUUAAAUUCUCGUUAGAAUAGCCAUUGGUCUAACAUGAUAUGACAAAACAAAGGGUUGAUAAGAAUUUUGAGCACAUUCUACACUAACGUUUACUCUAAAGUAUGAUUAGUAACAGAAGAAUAAUGCGUAAUUUGAAUUCGAAGGAAUCGAGUGACAUCGAUUCUUGUCACAACGGUGAUACGAAAAAAAGGGUUGACGAACGUAUCGAAAACGUGUUAUUCUCUUUUAAUCGAAGUGGAACAGUUUCCGACAGACCUGGCACGAAGCUAAUAACGAGCGACUCCUCUCGCUCAGCUAGCCAUCGAGUCGCGGACGCACGGUACUUGUGCGCGUCCUCUUAGUUCUGCAAGUGCCAACGUCGGUGUUAAAUGAAAAAACCAAAAAAAUGAAAAAAAGAAAAGAAAAGUCCUUCUAAAGGCUCGUGUUUUAUUGUAUCGAACGACGAAGCGUGUUUACCGCGAGAAUGGAGCCGUGGCUCUCGAGUAGGAUGUUAGACGAGGCCGACGGGUCGCGGGAUGGCGAAAACGGAUGAAACGCGGAGGCAUACGCCUUGAAACAUGCGGCGAUUAUUAUUAUCAACGGGUUUCAAUCUUCCUUAUCGUUCCUUCAACAGCAACGUGGCUCGUAGAACCUGGAAAGACUCGAACCCAUCGCUAGGAGCGAUGGGUUCGAGUCCUUUCCAAUCCAUUCGAGAGCAGCAAGUCUCGUAAACCUCGGAAAAUUCAAACCUAUCGCUGAGAGCGAUGAGUCUUUUUCACUUUUCGUUUGAAACGUGCAUCGAGGAACCUCGGAAGAUUGAGACUCAUCGCCGCGUUUCAACGCGCAGGCCUCAACGAAGAAUGUUUUCGUUCGUGCGGAGUGUAUAUUGGUAAUGUAAAGCUGGUGUAUUAUUGAGCUUAAAAUGUGAAAAAGGAAGGGACGCUCGUCCUUCGAUCGGACGCGAUUUGUUCGACGGGGAUGGGGCCCGACAGGUGAAACGGGAGAAUGUUAAGGGCCACGUGUGAGUCCCAUCCGAGUGGAGCGUAAGCAAACGUAAACGAGAAAAUAAACGGAUAUCUAUGCGA